UAGCAUCACAGAGUCUCUUACGUUGGACGCUUAUAUGUGUUCAUAGCAGUGAAAGAGUUAAUUAUAUAUUUUCUAUAUGUUGUUUAUGAAGUCAAGAAGUAUAUGUUUAAUAAUAAUACAUUAAUUAAUAUGCUACAAAAGCAUUCAUGUAUAGAUUUUGUAUGUGUAACAAGUCGACGACAGACAGCGCAGGUUCACCGAUAUUUUAGUGCGAAAACAGUGUUACAUUAUACCGGUGAAUUGUGCAAAGAGCUUUAAGUUUAACACGUCCAUCCGUACAAGUUCGCUAUAGUCGCUGCCAAGGUCGUACUGAUUAAAAUACGAGCAGCCUUUAACUGCCCCAAGUAUUGUACUUUUCUCGUGCACAGUAACACAGUUAAUACUAUAGUUCAAAUGGCGACUAGAUGGGGAAUAAUAGGUACCAGCAAUAUAUCUCACGAUUUUGUCGUCGCUAUGAACACGUUACCGCAGACGGAACAUAUGGUCACGUCGGUCGCCUCUAAGAACAUGGCCAGGUCCAAAGAAUUUGCGAAACAUUUCGGAAUCCCCAAGGCGUACGAUUCUUAUGCUGCUAUUGCCAACGACCUGGACGUGGAUGUGGUAUAUGUUGGUACCCUCAAUGAACACCAUUACUCCGUUAGUCGUUUAAUGUUGGAAAACGGCAAAAAUGUCUUAUGCGAAGAAUCUUUCUGUCAAAAUGUUAAACAGGUCGAAGACCUCGUCGAACUUGCGAGGUCAAAAAAAUUGUUCCUUAUGGAAGCUAUGUGGAUGUUUUUCACACCAGCUUUUACUAUUCUAAAAGAAGAAAUCGACAAAGGUACAAUCGGAGAACCAUUACAAAUAAUUUCAUCGUUUGGCACGCCGAUGCCCGAAUCACUAAUUUAUCAACGAAAUAGUGGCGGAUCGAUUUUAGAAUUAGCAGUAUUUUCGGUUUAUAUGAGUCAACUGUUAUUCGGUCCUGAGAAGCCACUGAUCUAUGGAACUUGCGGACAGUUAACAGAAUCUGGAUUUGACAAAGACGCCAGUGUAAUUCUUAAGUAUAGCAACGGUAAAAUUUCUACAUUUUUCAGUCACUUUAAAGUAAAAUUACCGAAUGAAGCUAUUAUUUUUGGUACUAAAGGAAGCAUCAAAUUAUAUAAUCCAUUUUGGUCAGCCAUUAAAAUGACUGUAAAAGGAAAUGAUAUUGAUAUUGAUGUACCUCCAACGAAAGAAGCAACAAAGUACCGUAACAGUGUACAACUGAUUUACGAGAUUCAAGAAGUCAGAAAUUGCUUAAUGAAAGGUCUCAAGGAAAGCAUUAUAGUCCCAUGGUCUCUAAGUAUUGAAAAUGCAAUUUUGCUAGAAGAUAUAAGGAAACAAUUAGGAGUAGUAAUCAAUUAAUAUAAACAAAAUUUAAUGUUAAAUAACCAUUUAAAUUUAUUCAUUCAAAUAAAAGA